GGUCGUGUUGUUUCAUUAAAACAAAAGAGCUUCGAAACUUCUCUUUACUUCUUCCUUUCAUUGGUUUGGAUUUGUUGUCUUCAUCUUAAUAUGACUAAAUUAUGGACUCUCCUCUCUGCUCUGCAUUCCAUCGCUGGGCCUGUGGUAAUGCUGCUUUAUCCUUUAUAUGCGUCGGUGAUAGCAAUAGAGAGCCCAUCAAAAGUGGAUGAUGAGCAAUGGCUUGCUUAUUGGAUAAUCUACUCUUUCCUUACCCUCACAGAACUCAUCCUUCAAUCUCUGCUAGAGUGGAUACCGAUAUGGUACUCGGCAAAGCUAGUGUUUGUGGCAUGGUUGGUUUUGCCGCAAUUCAGAGGAGCUGCUUUUAUAUACAAUAAAGUCUUGAGGGAACAGUUUAAGAAGUAUGGCAUCCUCAAACCUAAGGUACAACUUCAGGCUGAGUGAUGCGUCAAAAAGAGAAGGGGACAUAAAGAGGCUUUACUGUUGGUGCCUUCAAUUUCUAAUCUUUGAUGCUUUUUCUUUUUGUCUUCUUUUUUUUUUUUUUUUAGUUUACGGAAAUAUGUGUUUACAAGUGGACGGUUAAUUAAUUAUCAUUUCGUUUAUUAUAAGUCUUAUGCCUGAAAG